GAUGUCUCGGCGGACGCGCUGUGAGGAGCUGGAUGAGUUACACUACCAGGACACGGACUCAGACCUCCUGGAGCAGAGGGACAACAAGUGCAAGGUCAAAUGGACCCACGAGGAGGAUGAGCAACUGAGGGCCCUGGUGAGGCAGUUUGGACAGCAAGACUGGAAGUUCCUGGCCAGCCACUUCCCUAACCGCACAGACCAGCAAUGCCAGUACCGUUGGCUGAGGGUUUUAAAUCCAGACCUUGUUAAGGGACCAUGGACCAAAGAGGAAGAUCAGAAGGUCAUUGAGCUGGUCAAGAAGUAUGGCACAAAACAGUGGACGCUAAUUGCCAAACACCUGAAGGGCCGGCUGGGGAAGCAGUGCCGCGAGCGCUGGCACAAUCACCUCAACCCUGAGGUGAAGAAGUCCUGCUGGACCGAGGAGGAAGAUCGCAUAAUCUGCGAGGCCCAUAAAGUGCUGGGCAACCGCUGGGCUGAGAUCGCCAAGAUGCUGCCAGGGAGGACGGACAAUGCUGUGAAGAAUCACUGGAAUUCCACCAUCAAGAGGAAAGUAGACACACGAGGCUUCCCAAACGAGUCCAGAGACUGCAAACCUGUCUACCUGCUUUUGGAACUUGAGGACAAGGACCGUCACCAGAGUGCCCAGCCCGUGGAAGGCCAGGGAAGUCUUAUGGCUGGCUGGCCGCUGGCGCCCUCUGCUGUGAAGGAAGAGGAGAGCAGUGAGGAGGAGGCCGCCGCAGCUGCUGCUUGUGCUAAACAGGAACAUGAGCCUGUACCUGCUGAUCUGGGCGAAGUGCACACCCCAGAGCCCCUGGAGCACCUCAAGCGUGAAUAUCAAGAGGACUCCCCCUCGCCAGAAACGAGCCUGCCCUACAAAUGGGUGGUGGAGGCGGCAAACCUCCUUAUCCCUGCUGUAGGGUCCAGCCUCUCGGAAGCCCUGGACUUGAUUGAGUCGGACCCUGAUGCUUGGUGUGACUUGAGUAAAUUUGAUCUUCCUGAAGAACCAUCUGCUGAGGGCAGUGUCAACAGCAGCCCAGUGCAACCCCAGACAUCACAGCAGCAAGAACAGGCACUGUCAUCCCACGAGACUACCACACCGGGGCCCAGCAUGACUGAGUAUCGGCUUGAUGGCCACACUAUUUCAGACCUGAGCCGGAGCAGCCGGGGGGAGCUGAUCCCCAUUUCCCCCAGCACUGAGGUUGGAGGCUCAGGCAUUGGCACACCACCCUCAGUGCUCAAGCGACAGAAGAAACGGCGUGUGGCCCUGUCACCUGUCACAGAAAACAGUGCCAGCCUGUCCUUCCUGGACUCUUGUAACAGUCUUACCCCGAAGAGCACACCUGUCAAAACCCUUCCGUUCUCUCCUUCCCAGUUUCUGAACUUCUGGAACAAACAGGAUACCCUGGAGCUAGAGAGCCCUUCACUGACGUCCACUCCAGUGUGCAGCCAGAAGGUGGUGGUCACCACACCCUUGCACAGGGAUAAGACACCCCUGCAUCAGAAGUAUCCAUCGUUUGUAACCCCAGAUCAGAAGUACUCCAUGGACAACACUCCCCACACGCCAACCCCGUUCAAGAAUGCCCUGGAGAAGUACGGACCACUAAAGCCCCUGCCGCAGACUCCACACCUGGAAGAGGACUUGAAGGAAGUGUUACGUUCUGAGGCUGGCAUUGAGCUUAUUAUUGAGGAUGAUGUGAGGCCUGAGAAGCAGAAAAGAAAGCCUGGGCUGCGGCGAAGCCCUAUAAAGAAAGUUCGAAAGUCUCUGGCUCUUGACAUUGUGGAUGAAGAUGGGAAGCUGAUGUCUACACUUCCCAAAACUCUGUCCUUGGCAACAAGUGUCCCAUCCAGCUCCUCUAGCUUCACCCUGCCAGGUAUCAAAGAGGAUAACAACCUGCUCAACCAGGGGUUCCUGCAGGCCAAACCUGAGAAAGUGGUGGCCACCCAGAAGCCCCGGAGCCAUAUUCCAGCCCCUGCCCCUAUGACCAGCGCCUGGAAGAUGGUGGCCUGUGGGGGCACCAAAGACCAGCUCUUCAUGCAAGAGAAAGCCCGGCAGCUCCUGGGCCGCCUGAAGCCCAGCCACACAUCUCGGACCCUCAUCCUGUCCUGAAGGGGCUUGGAGGGCACGGAUCUGUUCUCAUGUUUACAGGGGCUAGGGUGGGGGGUGAGGUUUGCUUUGAAAUCACAUUCAGAUGAUCAGCUUCAGGAAGUCGCCUGCUGCCAGCUCCUCAGACUACUCAGGUGGCAGCAGAAGUAACACACACUAUAUCCUGUCUCCAGGUCUAUUUUUGGGAAGUUAGUUCCUGGUGCUAAAAGAACAAAAUCCCACUCCUGGGCCUAUCUGUUCUAUCCCCAAUACCACUAGGAACCCUGUUAGCUUCUCCCAAGCUCUCAUCAGGACCGGCUUCAUCUCAGACCCCUGCUUAGGAUAGGGGACGUGGCUAGGAGUAUUCCCUUUUCCAUCCCCUUUUGGUCCAUUCUCUCCACAAUAAAGUACCCUUCUCCCUGUGCAGCCCUGACUCCGCCUUCUGGGCCUUGCUUAAAGUGCCUUAGUGGCUUUCUUCUGACAUGCAGGUAUGUGGACCUCUGUCCUCAGAACUUGGCCUGUGGAAAGCUCUGCAAAUCUCCUAGGAACUCUUGGUGGGGUUGAAGUUGGGGAUGGGUGAGAGCCUCUUGGAAGGUGGAAAGGACUGGGAGAACCGUCCAACUCUGGUGGCCAGUGUGCAGAAAGAGGGCUGCCUAGCUCUGGAGCUCUAUGUCUGAGGUUGUGGGAACAAUUGCUCAGGCUGUUGCCUCCCUUGGUUAGGGUCAGUGGAUGGAGUAUGGCCUAUAGCUGGUGAGCUUGAAGAGAGAGAUGCUGAGCCUAAUGUUUACAUCAGGAAGAUCAGUGGUUUGCAUGAGUGUCUUUGGAUUGGAGAUUGGGUGUACUUCUGGGAGACCUAUACCGAGUCCAGGUUGCAGGGAAGACUAGAGACAGAUCCUUUCUGAUAGGGCAAGAGAUACCAUCUCAAGACACACCUGAGCCAGUGCUCCAGAGUUCAGACACUUCCCUGCUCUUAGGCAAGGGAUGAUGGGGACAGACUCUGCUCUUCCCAUACUGCCUCCUACAGCCUGUGCCUGAGCCCCAUGCUCAGGUAGGUUAUCUCUGCCUCACCCCUGUGCUAUGUGUCUGAGCCGCACCUGCUUCACCCCUGUGGUUGUUCGUGCUUUUCUCACUACCAGGACCAAGAAGGGACUUAUGGGGGCUGAGGGGAGCUAUGUUGGCUCCUGGUCAGUGCUAGCGAAGGU